CUGGCCUUCAACAAGAAAGGUCUGAAGGGGAGCUCAUUGCAAAAGACAGUGAUCAACCUUUAAAAUCUGAGCUGCACGCCUGGCUAGAGUAUCCUCAUUCGCACAUUUCAUUGUAAACAGCUCUUCUUCUGACCAAAAGAUGCAUUGGACAAGCUUCAAUAAGCAAUGAAGCUUUCUUCACAGGCGAGUGCUCCUCUGGCAGCCAACAAUCUAACAUGCCCCAAGAUCCUCAGGCACAUCUACAGCAACGUGCACAGUCUUGGCGGACUUCUGGGCAUCAUCAUAGGGAGAGCCAGCAUUGAGUGUGGCGCUCAAAAUGCAAGUGCUGGGGGGUGCUUGGCGUCACUUUCCCCCCAGCAUGGCGGGGCUCAUCUGGACUCAGUAGCAGGAGAGGUGAAUGGCUGCGAAUGUGGGCCUCGCAUUCCAAGAGCAGGAACCGGACAGAAGGGUAGAGAGAGCAAGAAUCCUAACGAGCAUGAAAGGAGCAACAUUCAGAAGCCAAAUUCUGAAACAACCACCGGUUCUGUCCACUGUAGAGCUGGUCCAAAGAGUCGCGGCUUGGUACUUGAGACUGAUCCUGAGGACCACAGAGUGCGCUUGUUGGAGGAGACCUUUGUGGUGUUGAACGAAAGGGCACCGCAGUUUAGAGGGGGCCGGAGCGGGGAGGACGACCAUGGGUGGACGCAAACUGAGCUGGUCAACCGGGCCAUUGAGCUGCAUUUCCAGAAAGGCGGCCGGCCCAGCGAUCUCCUUUGUCAGGGGCAUCAGAGGGCCGGCGCUCAUGUGAGAAGACAAGGACAACCCCUCCCGAACACCAGCGGCGUUGAGUGCCUCGGCCUGAGCAGCGCCUUUGCUGCGGUGACGUCACCCCCCUGGGAGCUGCUCUUGAGCCGGAUUGGCGCCCCUACCAUGCUCCACCUCCUGCGCAACAGUUCCAUCUUCGUCCCUCUACCCAACGGCUGCCUGCUUCAAGUCUGCGGACGGCCUAUCACCGACCUUGUAUGGAAGAAGCGCCUCCAGCCGUCGGCCCCACUGCAAAGGGAUCCCCCUCAGCCUGCAAACGUCAGCAGAAAGCGGAAGAGUGCUCGGGUGGCGGAUUCGAGUUGUGGGCCAGAGGGAUCAGCACACGUGCGGUUUGUCGAUGGCAAACGGAGGAGGCCGACGCAACCAAAGGGAGGAAACGAGCGCAGAGAGGAUGGCUGUGCGAGGGCCGCAAAACAACGGGCGAAGGCGGGGUCCAAGCGGAGUUUGCGGGAAACGAUUUCGUUUUGUGGAGGUCGAGCGGUCAGUCACGAAGUAGCUGAGAGACCUGACAGGAAGCAAAAAUCGGGGAAAUUCAGAAAUGAUGAAGAGAAAGCGUCGGUUCUGGACGGUCAAAGCCACCCAGCGUUGACGCACUUAAGCGAGUCCGAGGACGUCAGCGAGGGCCCCUUAAGCCAGGAGCCGGUGGUGAGACGGAUGCGGGGAGGGGCGGAGGGGCAGAAUCCUUGCCACGUGGCCCGCUUUGAGGCCCAGGGGAGUAUAGGCCAGAAAGCCGCACUUGAGAGAUUGCGGGGGGCGUCAGGAGGCGCAAGAGGACCUGGGGGGGGACUGGAAGACGUCAUGAGGAACAAGUGUGACAAGGGGGCCGCAGGCCUGAGAAAACGGGGGGAGCGUCUGGGCGAACCGGUCGCAGAAGGGCGACCGGAAGAUCUGACGCCCUGCUUGGAGCCUAUUCACGUUAGAGUGUCCCCUGGGCUGUCAAGAAGGGAAUUUGGUGGAAGUCGGGCCGACAUGGAUUGUGCAAGUCCAGCGGAACCUUCGGACAAGGACUUUGGCCCUCUGACGCAAGAGGAGUCUGGUCGAGAGCCGGAGGAACGCCCUUCGGAGGGGACGGCCCCCGACGCAGGGAAACGAAAGCGGGUCAGGGAGAGCAGCUGGCAGCGGAAGAGGCGGAGAAGAGCUGCGGCAGAGCGCGAUGCGACGAGCGAGCGCGCGUCCCUGGAGGGUUUGGAGGGUUUGGAAGAAGAGCCGGUCACGCAGGAGCCCGCUUUGGCGGGCGCUUGGAAGAAGAGUCACCGGGUGGUGAUCCAGGGGAAGGGCGCCUCGGUCGCGGUCAGCCGGAGGAAGACGCCGGGUGUACAUGAGGUGGAAAGGUUCCGGCGUGCUGACCAAUCGAACUGUCUGCCAAACAGUUGCGAAACGGCCUCGGUCCGAAGGUUUGGUCCUGGGGGCCGUAUCGGUACCAGGGCAGAAGAAAGGGAUCCCUUCCGAUCAGAUCUCAAAAAGCGUCCGCUGGAUCAGACAGAGCCCAUGUUGCCUCGUCGCUCGGAAGCAAGGUCUUCAAAGCCAGGGGCGGCGACCCAGAGGCCCGCGGCGCCAGCCAAGGGGUCGCCGACGGUGAGGGCUGCGAAGAGUGGACCAAGGCUUCUUCCUCGAGCCGCCAUGUUCUACAACGCCAGCCACGGGCGAAAGGCGGGACUGCCCACGUCACACAUCCUCUCUUCUCUGGGGACCGACGGUGCGGCUGCAAAGGCUCUCGUGUGGCACGUUUUCGAGCCCGCAUCAGCUGCGCCAAUGAUUGCACAGCCCAAACCACGAACAAGCUUCCAAGCAGCCUUUGGGUCUGUCCGGCCGGAAACAGCAACGGGGGCGGCCAACACGGAGGCGAAAGAAUGGCGGGCGCCCCGUCAACUCCAAGCGGUGUUGCCUCUUUUCCGCGACCUGCUCGUCCUUGUGAAAAAGCUCGACCUGGGCAGGCUGCUCGCGCGCCAUUGCCCGUUGCCGGAAACGCUGCGGAAGACGAGAGGUGAUAGGAGGCCUCAUGCGGGAAAUGCCAAACGGGGAGGCAAGGAAGAAGAGAGGGGGAGGGAUGGAGAGUGCCCGGAAUCAGGGCCGGAGCCCGAUUUGCCAUCCACUUGUAAGCCCGAUUCGAUGACAGGCGUGGAAAGAAGGUUUGUGGCGGGUUUGGCUACGGGUUUGGCGUCUGAGGCUUCGGGUCGGCGUUUGGAUAGGGAAGAGAAGGAACGGGGAGGCCCUGUUGAAGCCAGUAGGGGCAGCAAAGAGCAGGGGGAGGAUGCGGACUGCAUGAGUGUACAAGGCCUCAGCGACGGGUACUUAACUCAAGACGAGGAAGAUCGGGGACGGGUCUUGGAGUGGCGGGGUGGUCAAGAUGAAAAUGAAGACGAGUGCAUGUCUGAGGAUGAGAACCCUCGCCACGAAGCGGGAAGCAAUUACGCAUUUGAGAAGACCGGUUCUGUCGCUCAGCAGGAAGCGGAAGCUGGGAAUUCACGGCACGGGAAUGCUGGCGACGUCGAGCAAAACAGGGCCUUCAGUUGUGCCCCUCCAUCCCAGCACUCCGCCGGCGAUUCCGGAGGCCUUGCUGCGCUGCUCCCCACCCACCUCGCUCCGGACGCCACGUACAAGCAGCUGAUUGGCCAGUUCUGCGAGCACUGCCACGUGGCAGCGUUCGUGUGGACCGCGCUCCGGAAGGCAGUCCCGGGGGCGCUUCUGGGUGGGCCACGUGGCAGCGCGAGCGGGCGCGCGCUCAGAGGCCACGUGAAUCGCUUUGUGCGGCUCGGGCGAUUUGAGACGAUGAGUUUGACGGAGCUGAUGCAUGGGCUGAGGCUGGCGGACUUUCCAUGGCUGUGGGAGGGGGACUCUCGUUCCGAGGGGGUGGUUCCCAGGGGCGCUCCUGGGGGUGGAUUGGAGAGAAGUGCUGGUGACGGCGGGAUGGGCGGUUCGGGAGGGCUGGCAACCGGAGAAUUGCAAUCGGGCGUCGUUUUGGCGGGUGAAUCCGGGCCGGUGGAAGUCACCGGUCGCGUCCAGGCCUUUCUGCGGGAGAAUGCGUGGUUACCUGAUGCUGUUGGGACGGGUUCACCGUUCCAUUUUGAUGCUGACGUGCCCCUGACGCAAGAGCCGCAGAUUAGAGUUUCCCACACCCAAAGCCCCCUUCAGGCUGCGCCCCAUUCCACCCCUGCCAAGCAGAUGCCAAAAUUUCCGCCAGAAAAGACGGCAGCGCUCCGGCGGCGCCUCUCCGAGUGGCUCUAUUUUUUGUUCGCGAGCCUAGUUGUGCCCCUCCUGCGGAGCCACUUCUACGUCACCGAAUCCGAGCCCCACAAGCAGAAGGUCUUUUACUACCGCAAGCCCUUGUGGCGCCACCUGGCAGCACUCAGCGUGCGCCACCUGGCGGGCCCUGGCGGACCGUACUGCCACGUGUCAGCCGGGAGCGCCGAGGCGCUGCUCGCGAGCAAGGGGCGCGUUUUCGGCCCCGCGGAGAUGCGGCUGCUGCCAAAGGCAAACGGGAUGCGCCCAAUCGCGCGGCUGGGCGCGAAGAGCGUCGUGCGGAUUGAAACUCGAGCGGACCAGAGAUCGGUAUCGACCGCGGGUGUGAGGAGUCCGUUCAGACGGCGAAACUCGUUGGGUGGGCUUCAGCGGCGACGGAACGGCCUGGAGGGCGGGCAUGUGCGCGAGCAAAGGUGGAGUUCGAACAGCUUUGGACAUCAACAGGACGUGUCUGGACGUGAGUCCGCCGGACUUGGGCCGCAAGCGGAUGGCUUCGAGCGGGUUGCGGACAUUUUCGGACGGGGCUCGACUACUGUCGGACGCAAGCGGGACGGUGUCGGACGGAACGCGGACGGAACCGGACGGAAUGCGGAUCCGUUCGGACGGCCGGGCGCGAGAGGUUUCGCGGGCGCUGCCACGACAGCCGCCAGCUGUCCGUUGCCGACGUCCAAGGUUCUAGAGUUUGGCGCACCGAACAAGCUGCUGGGCGACGCGCACGCGAUUCUGAAGCUGGAGAAGUGGCGGGGUUCGGAGGAUUUGGGUUGCUCGGUUUUCGGGUUUGACGACAUCCAUGCAAAACUGCGGGGAUUUGUGCGCGGGUUAAGGACCAAACCCGGGGCACCGAUGCCGAAGGUCUUCAUGGCGGGGUGUGACAUCGCAGCGGCGUAUGACACCAUCCCGCAGGAGUUCCUCUGGCAGAUCGUGCAAGCCCUGUUCCGGUCGCCCGUCUACCAGCUGCUCUGGAAUGCGCGCGCGACCCCCGCAUUUGGCGCCGUGCGAGUGCGUGGGGAGAAACUGGCGACGUCAGUCGACGUCAGCGAGCCCCACGUGGCGUACCGGGCCUUCCAGGAGGCGCUUCGGCGGCUGACGUCACAGAAGGCCGGGGGCGCGGUGUUUGUAGACCAGGUGAACUGCUCCGAGAUCAGUCGGGGAAAGCAGCUGCAGCUCAUCCGGGAGCACCUGUUCGGCAGCGUGGUGCGCUAUGGGCGAGCAUAUUUACACCAGCGGCGCGGCAUCGCGCAGGGGUCCAUUCUGUCCACUCUCUUCUGCUCCUUCUUUUACGCCCACCUCGAGAACAACGUGCUCAUGCCGUUGCUCGAGCGGAAAGCCUGCGAAGAGGCCUUGUCGGGAGGCAGCGGAACGGAACCGGACAGCGGAACGGAAUUAGUUAGCGGAAGGGCGGGAGCGAAAAGCGGCGACCGGGCCUCUGGCGGAGAACCGGGGGUUGGCCAACAGGACGGGCGGUUUGGGAGUGAACGGAACGGCAGGGGUCUGAACGGAAUGAUAUCUCCAGACCGCCCGCAGGAGUCUGACGUCAGCGAAGCAGUGCUUCUGCGCCGAAGGAGCAAGUCGGAAGAAGCUAACGUCACGGCCGGGCUUGGAGCAGGUCUCGGAGAGGGGUUCGGUGCGGGUCGUCCCCUCGAAGAGGGCCUUUUCCCAUCCAGCCCAGCCCGCGCUCUCAGCGACGGUGUGAAUGAGCCCCCGGAACCGCGGACCCCGGAGCACGAUGGAACGGAGGCUUGGUUGCGGAUGGAGUCAAGCGAAACCGAAAGCGAAGCGGAGGGACCUGACGGCGGGUUUUCCGGGGGGGUCGAGAUCGACAGCGGCGAGGGGGGGUGCUUUUGGGAGAUCGAGCAAGGGUAUGCCUCGCAAGACGAGGGGACGUCGCCUGGGGAAAGGGGUUGGGGAAGCGUGGGCAGGGGGGAUGACUGGCCGGGAAGAGAGCCCCCCUGGGAAACUACAAGCCGGCAGAGAGUGACGACCUGCACAGCCCCUCUAGAACGUGCACCAAAGACCGGGACAACAAGAGCAGAAGAAAACCGGGGGGAGUCCAGAAACAUUGGGACGCAACUAGAGCGAGAUGCCGCAGCCGGCGGCACCUCGGACCACGGGGUCGACAGGCGGAACGAGAAACGGCCUGCACCAGCCAAUGAGAAUGGGCCACGUAGCAGCGGCUCCGGGCCCCAGUCGCUCCUCAUGCGGUGGGUGGACGACUCACUUUUCCUGUCCACGUCCAAGCGCCACGUGGCAGCGUACCUGGGCGCGAUGCACGCGGGUUUCCCGGCGUAUGGCGCGGAGGCGAACCCGGCGAAGACGUGCCUCAACUUUGAUCUGAACGACGAGCAGGGGGGCUUGCGCGCGCAGAAUAUGUACGUCGACGGAAGCGGAAGAAGUUUCAUCCGCUGGUGCGGCCUCCUCCUCAACUCCGAGACCCUGGAGGUACAAGCGGACUACACUCGGUACAGCGGCGAGUACAUCCGCGACUCCAUGGCCGUCGAUGUGACCAAGGGCCGACGUGGCGCCAUCCUGGCUGACCGCCUGUGCCUGUGGCUGCGCCCCAAGUGCCACGCGGUCUUCUUUGACACCGCCAUCAACUCGCCGACCACGGUUAGGCUGAACAUCUAUCAGGCCUUCCUGCUGUGCGCCAUCAAGUUCCACUGCUUCCUCUCCGCUUCCGGUGGGGAUCCCCGGAGCAAUCCCGAGUUCCUGGCCCGUGAAAUCUGGAAGGCGAUCGGCUACCUGUCUGCAGCCGUGGGGACGGCUAGAGAGGCUGCGCGCCGGAGAGGCACCGGGUGCUCCGGCAAGGUCUCCAAGUCCCAGGUGCUCUGGCUGGGCCUGCGCGCCUUUCGACGGGUGUUGAGCCGCAAGCAGACGCAGUACCAGCCGCUGCUGAAGCUGCUGGCGGACGAUUUCGGACGGGAGGCCAAGCAGCUGUCCGAGACGCUGUCCGCAGCUGUGGCCCCCGAUCUGUCGGCCGUGUUUGACCAGAUUCUCUACUGAGAGGAUCCACGGUCUGCGAAUGAGUUAGGCUGCGGCCAAUCAGAGAUCAAUGAUCCGAUUUUUAUACACGAUCUUCUACAUUGGUAACGUUACGAGCCGCAGCGGCGGUGGGCAGUGGUCGCUUAGUUCGAGUUUGUCAA